GCGGGCUGUCAAAAAGCGGCCCAUUUUUUAGUAUGGAGAAAAUGUGAGCAAGGAAAAAGUAGUUUUUCACAGUAAUUAAGUGAGAUUUGUGCCUAAUCAUGAAUGCGGACAAGGCUCUGACGAUGCUAAGGGCGCUUCCUCGUGUUUCCCUGAGGAAUAUCAAGGAUAAUCCUGGAGCCGCUAGAGCCAAAAAACGAGGCCGAGGACAGCACGGCGGAGACAAGCACGGGCAUGGCAACAAAGGAUCCGGCCAGAGGCAGAAUUACAUGCGUUUGGGCUAUGAGACCGGGAAUCAGCCCUUCUACACGCGCUUCACCUACGAGCCCUACUAUCGGGGCCACCAUCUGAAGCGCCAGUAUCCGCCGAUAUCUCUGUUGCAAGUGCAGACGCUCAUCGACACAAAUCGCAUCGAUCCCAGUCAGCCAAUUGACUUGGCGACCUUCUGCACGACGGGCCUGUUCACCAUUCUGCCAUCUUCCCGGCACUUUGGGAUGCAGCUGACGGACGAGGGAGCGGAUCUGUUCAAGGCGAAGGUGAAUAUUGAGGUGCAGCACGCUUCUGAGCUCGUGAUUGCUACGAUUGAGAAGAAUGGUGGCACAAUCACAACAGCCUACUACGAUCCCUUCUGCCUGAUGGCUCUCGUGAACCCCAAGAAGUGGUUCGAGAAGGGCGUCCCGAUCCCCGAGCGUGCCGUGCCGCCACAGGACGCCGCCGAGUACUAUCUGGACGCGAAGAAUCGCGGAUACAUCGCCGAUCCGGAGCAAAUCAGCCACGAGAGACUGGCUUUGGCGCAGAAAUACGGCUACGAAUUGCCACGGAUUGAGGAUGAUCCGGAAGCAGAGAUGCUGCUGGCGCGAAAGGACCCCAGACAAGUGUUCUACGGUCUGCAUCCCGGCUGGGUGGUGAGUCUGAAGGAUCGUGCGAUAAUCAAGCCUUGUUAGUGUGGCGAAGUAGUGUAAUAAAAGAGAUCAGCAGCAGUAGCGACAA